AUGGCCCCUAUCGCUCUUGACUCGGUGGAAGCACAGAAUGAGGUGAAUGAGAAGGUCUUGAUUAAAACCUGGAAGCGCCCCGAGGUCACAAAGGAGAACCUUGACUGGGCCGAGUUGCCAAAGAUCGACCUCUCAAAGUUCGAUACCCCUGAUGGGAAGCAAGAACUUGCCAAAUCUUUGUACAAGGCAGUCACAGAGGUUGGCUUCUGGUCCGUUGUCAACACUGGCAUUGACGACGAAAGUGUGCUCCGCCAAUUCAGUAUCGGGAACACAUUUUUCCAAGAGUCCCUUGAAGAAAAAAGGACUUUCCCAUGUAACUUUGCAGAAGGCGAGUAUUUCGGGUACAGGGAGAACUCGAGAUGGAUCGGCGAUACUGGAGUAAAAGAAAACAUCGAAAUGCUAAAUAUUCCCAAGCCUAUCAAACUCUUUGAGGAUGUAGGCAGGCAUCGAGUUGUUAAAGAGAAUUGGAGUGAAAUCGCCAAGUUUCACAGGGAACUCUGGGACAAGGUUCUUCGAAAGUUGUUUGUUCUUAUCGCCAUCAUUUUGGAGCUGCCAGAAGACUACCUCGCAGAUGCUCAUGAAUAUGAGGACGAGUCUGAUGAUCACCUUCGUUACAUGAUUUAUAAUGUACGAUCACAAGAGGAUUGGGAUAAAGCCCAAGCAUACUCCAAAGGAGGCCACACUGACUUCGGAAGCCUAACGCUCCUGUUCUCGCAACAUGUGGCGGGGUUGCAAAUCCGUACCCCGGAGGGUGAUUGGAAAUAUGUGAAGCCUGUUGAGGGUGGAAUCACCUGCAAUGCUGCAGACACACUAUCUUUCUUGACCAAUGGAUUCAUCAAGUCUACAGUUCACCGUGUUGUCACUCCUCCCAAGGAUCAGAUUGAUAUUCCCCGCUUAGGUCUCCUCUACUUCAGCCGCCCUGGAGCCAGUACUCCCAUGAGGACCGUCCCAUCCCCACUUCUCGAUCGCCUUGGCCUGAUCCCGGAGGAACACAAAGAUCUUAGCCGGCCUGUCCCCAAUGGCACUGAGUACGUGCGCGCGCGUGUUAAGGAUGUCCACCACAAGACUGUUCUUGAUAAACGAGAGGGCACUUCAUUUGAGUUUCGCGGCCUAAAGGUUCAGAAUCAUUAUGCAUGA